AUGAAAAAUAUUUUUUCUAAUCAAACUAGAAUAGUACGUGAUGAUGUAAAUGAUUUUAGUAAGAAAAAUACAGAAACAAAAACUGGACAAGUAAUAUCAUCGGAAACAUCAUCUUCUCCAGCAUAUUAUUAUCAUCCACCUUCAUCUUCUUCAACAACAGAUUCUUAUUCUCAUACAGCAAAUUCAACAGCAGGUUAUUCACAAAGAAAUGCUUAUCCUACAUUAACAGAAUAUAAUCAAGAACAUGAAAAAAAGACUUUACUUGGAAAAACUGAAUCAUUUGCAACAAAUCUACUGGGAAAUAUUGUUGGAGAAGAUACAAUUGCUUCUGCAACGCAUACAAUCAAUAGUGUAAUUACAGGUGGACAUUGUGCACGAGAUCUUCUUCAAAAUGGUGCUAUUGUUCAAUUACUUUCAAAAAGUUCAGGUCAUUUACUUCAAAUUGUUAUGUCUUCAUAUGAUAUUCUUGCAUUUGAUGGAAAUGGUACUAUGAAUUCAUUUAAUACUUAUUUCAAUGUUGAAAAAACUGAAAAAGGUCGACUUCGAUUUCAUAAUAAUUAUAAUUAUUUUGCAUUUCAAGGCAAACAAGCUUGUAUUAAAUCAUUUCCAUCUGGUGCUAAAAGUGAUCCUAGUCUAGAGUUUCGUGUACACGAUAUACUUGGUACUAAUGAAUUAGUAGCAUUUGAAUCUUGUACUUGUAAAAAUCAUUUUAUUUCGAUUUCAACGGAUGGUCAUUUGAAAACAACGAAUACUAAAGAGAAAAAUAUCGAUGCACAAUUUUCAGUUAUACCUGUUGUUAAUAAUCAACAACCAAUAUUUCCAUAUCACGCACAACCUUAUCAACAGUUCAACAUGAAUCCAUAUGGUGGAUUUCCGCCUCAGGGUGCAAAUCAAGCGAUGCCUUCUCAUCCACCGCUGUAUCAUCAACAACCAACGGCACCUCCUCCUCCUCCUCCAUCUUAUGCACAAAAUCUAUACAGUCAACCACCGACAUCAUCUGGAUUGUACCCAAAAUUUAAUUGA